AUGUGGAUGAAUUUAGAUAUUGAAACAUUCGAGCUACAUGAUUACAGUGAAUUUUUUACAAUUUCGACUGCAUUUGAUAGUAAAGAUGCACUAGUCGAGUGGGCGAUGAAUAUGGCCAUCAGUCAAGGACAUGAGAUUAGGCGACAGUCUUACCACGAGGGCCGACAAUAUUUGACUUGUAAAAGAGCCUAUAAGAGACGAGGAAAAAAUGCAGAGGUCAAAACAAGCCGGAAGUCCGGUUCAAUAAAGUGUAAAUGCCCUUUUGCGCUAUGGGGUAAAGAGGGUCGUGAUGGAUUAUGGCGCCUUACCAUCAAAGAUGGCAAUCACAAUCAUUUUCCUCAUAAAUAUCCACAAGGACUACGUUCGCUAAGUCGCCUGAGUGAAGAGCAACGAGAAGUGACAAAGAUACUGAAAAAGAGCCAUGUGAAGCCGAAGGAAAUUUUGCAUCAUCUGAGAGAGAUGAAUCCGGAUACGGCUGCGGCCUUGAGAGAUGUGUACAAUGAAUCACAGAGAAUUAGACGAGAGGAAAUGAAAGGAAAAACAGUUAUACAACAUCUGUGGCACGAACUAAGUGAGAGUGGAUACAUCAAAUGGCAUCGAACAAAUCUAGCUGGUGAUGCAGUGCAAGACGUUAUGUUUGCGCACCCUGAUUCAAUAAAGCUUUUGCAGUUAUUUCUAAACGUCAUCCUGAUAGAUUGCACGUACAAGACUAACAUGUAA